GCCGCGGCGUUCGGAAUUCCACCCCUCCCCACUUUGCUUUGACGUCGUCGGCGUGCUUGCGCAAGCGCAGUGCGAGCUGCUCUUAUACCGAGCGAGUGGUGGUUCCGUAGUGCCAGUUCCUGCCGCCUCCUCCUCGCCUCCCUUUAGCGCUCGACCCAGAAGCCCGGACUCUCCAUGGCGAUGAACUUCAACGCGAAGGAGGAGGUGGACGGGCAGGUUCCCGGGAGCAGCGGCGUGGGGGGAGCCGGGGUCGGGGUCAGCGUGGCCGGUGGGGCCGGAGUCAAGAGCCGAAAGCCCGACAACACCGCCUUCAAGCAGCAGCGCCUGCCGGCCUGGCAGCCCAUCCUCACGGCCGGCACCGUCCUGCCCGCCUUCUUCGUCAUCGGCCUCAUCUUCAUCCCCAUCGGCAUCGGCAUCUUCGUCACCUCCAACAACAUCCGCGAGUACGAGGUAGGCGGGGGCGGGGGGGCAGGCAAUGAGGGGGGUUACCCCACUUUUGGGGGCACGCCCCCCCUUGUCAGAGGGGGAAGGGGGCAGCCCCCCACAUCUUGGGAGCAAGCGCCGUGGGUGGAACAUUAUAAGCCAGUGAGUGGCAUGGCAACAAGGAAACGAACACACUUUGAUUUGGGCUUACAUAGAAGCCUUAAAAAGAAAAGAAAAAUCCUUUAAAUGUCUUUCAACUUUAUCCCUUUCGACGUGGAAGAAAUAUGCCGUCCAACUGGAUAGGGCAGUUUUUUUCAUCAUCACAGGUCUGGCACCGUCAAGCACCUUGAAAGAAAUAAUAAGCGCUUGUGGUGAUGAUGCAGAGAAUUUGAGGAUGGCGAGGGCACCAGGUAGCGCAUCUGUCUCCAACCUGGUGGUCUCUGGGUGGUGUUGGGAUACAGCUUCUGUCAGCGCCCAAAUAUUGUAGACAAGAACCUCCGGGUGGUGCCUGAUUUGUGGCUGCAGUGUCUGUGGGAACUUGGGGCCGGUUCACGUUUUCUGUCAUUUUGGGCUGACUUGUCCAGGGUGUAGGUAAAGCCGUUACCUGGGCAGGCAUAUCAUGUGUUCUGUUCCACACCUGUGAUGUGUUGGCACACUAGCAGUGCAAGCACCUUGGGCACUGAUGAGUUUUAUAUUACAUGGGCAUGGGUCAGCGCAUGUGUACGCUAAACACAAAGAGGCGUGUGGGGAACACUUACACAAAUAAAGCCUUUACUAACAACCUAAGGCCUGUCUAAUUCGUGGCUCCUAGUUGUUUUAUGGGUUUGAGAAGUGUGUGAGGUGUAUAGGAACUUUCAACUAUAGCAACUUCCUGUGGAACAGGGAACCUCCAUAAAAUUCCAUAAAAACUGUUAUGGUUGUACUGCCCCCGCCCCCGGCUGUUACUCUGAAGAAGAGUUUCAAAGGAAAAUGGGUCUUUGAUGGUCAAGUUGGAUAGUUUGUAACCAUUGUUUGCAGUUCUGGUUUAAGAAAACAUAUUGGAGUUUCAGAGACUAUUACCAAAAUGUAAUUGAUCCAAGGGAUGCAAAAGAACAGAAGUGUUUCCAUAAAGCGCAUAUUUAAGAUGGACAAAAUGCAUACAAAUAGAAAUGAGCAACAAUGUACAUAACUGGUGUAUUAAAUAGAAUGCAAAACGAGAAAAUAAAAACUGCUUCUGCAAUUGGAUCUUAACUUUGUAUAAAGGAGCAGUUGUUUUCCCCCCUGCCUUUUCCCCAGACAGGGGAAUCUUUGAUCUUGCAGAAGUUGCUGAACUAUGAUCAGCCCCAGCAAGCAUGACCAGUGGUCAGGGAUGAUGGGCAUUAUAGUUCAGCAACAUCUGGAGGGCCAAAGACUCCCUACACCUCCUACAGUUUGUUGCCAGUUGUUGUCUGAAAGACUAGUAAGCACUGUACUUGGUUCUCGGUUUAUCACAGAGGUAAGGAACCUGUGACUCACCAGAUGUUGAUGUACUACAGCUCCCAGCAUCUCUCACCAUUGGCUAUGUUGGCUAGGGCUGGUGAGAGCUGGAGUCUGACAACAGGUGCCACAGGUUCGCCAAGCCCUGGGUUAUUAACUUCGGUGUUUUUCCUACUUUAUUUUUCCUGCACCAGCUGCUAUUAAGUUGUGAGUGGUCAUUAUUUUUGGAGUCUGCGUGUACACUUUAAGUAUAUUUUGGUGGAGACUGUUGUGUCUUGAGUAAAGUUCACUGAGUAUUUUUCCUACUUUUUAAUGUUUAAAUGCAUUAUUGUGUUCAUUCUAUGUCAUUUCAUUUUGGUUAAGCUCUGGCUUUGCCAUUUACUGCCAAGUUCCUGGUGUUUUGAAAUGCUGAUUUGGCAAGCUCUGUUGUAGAUAAAGCUUGGCUGAUGCAGGAGGAAGAUGGUGCAGGUUAAGCGAGAAGGAAGUACUGAAGAUGUGUGUGGGAGAUGGGGGGAGAAGAGAAGCAAGAAGUAGCCAGGGACUGGGAAAAAACAUUGGGAAAUGCAGGGAUGAAUACGGAGAAAUAAGGCCUGGCUGUGAGAGGACAAAGGGGUGAGUGGGUAAAACCAACAGUGCAAAAGAACUGAUAUCAGGAGAGUGCACUCUUUGAAAUAAGGGGGGGGUAAAAUCAAGAGGAAUUAAAGCCACUCUUAAGGGCCACUUAAGACAAAUCCUCUUUGUAUUUUGAUGCAAGUUGAGAAGGAAGGUUUGCCCCCCACAAAUAGACACCCAAGAGUGCAAAGUUAAGCUAUAGAAUUUGCUCCCACAAGAUAUGGGAUGUAGUGCUGCCACAAGAUGUAGUGAUGGCUUGAAGAGAAGAUUCAACAAAUCAUGGAGGGUAGUUGCUACUAGCAACUUUGGCUAUGUUCUCCCUCCACCGUCGGAGGUAGUAUACUGUUGUGGUCACGUCCUGCUUUUGGACUUCUUGUAGGCAUCUAGUUGGCCAUUACGAAAAGAGGAUGUUGGACUAGAUGGGCCUUUGGCCUGAUCCAGCAGGACUAUUCAUAUGUUCCUGUCCAAACCACAAAGCCGCACCUUUGGCCCCAAUAAAGCUGAAAUAUUGUGGGCCAGAUGCAGACAGCUGACCAGAACUGUGUCCUAGACCCGCACAAAACCUUUUACGUAUUACGAUAAUGGGUGCAGGGCUUCCCCACCUUUUUAUUUGGGUUGUGUGUGUAGGUAUAAUUCAAGGAGAAAUGCACAAUGAAUGUCUUGGCAAAUACCUCCUGAUUCUAUUCAACAGGCAUAGAAACCUAUAGGAGACUUAUUUUGUCUUCGAUGUAGCUGAUCAGUGUAUAGUAACGACAACUGCAUCAUUCUGUUUGAUCAUCUUAAGAACUCACAAACAGUUGCAGUUCUUCCUACUUCUUCCACCCCUAGUUUUCUGUGUGUGUUACUAUGUCAGUGGGUACAGCAAUUAGGCAGGUUAGCCCCUAUGCACCCAGCAUUAUUUCUGUACACUGACAUAAUUGCAGCCUGAGAAAGGCAUUGACAGGUACAUACUUCUCUGGCUGCACACAGUAAUGUUAAUUAGUUCUCUGGUAUUCUGAUUUGAGAGUCUUGUUGUGGGCCUCAAAUGGACAGCAGUGUCUUGAGAAAUUAGCCCUUGGGCAAACUCCACUCCACCCAGCGGCUUGCUUUGUAUCUUGCAGUGGCUCUUGAUUUGGAUGCAUUUCAUCCCAUCUCCAGUAUUUCCUGCCUGUAGCAAUUCAUGGGAAAAUGUAGAGCUUAGGGGAAGUGGCCUUGCCGCAAAAUGGGCACCAACGCUUCUACUUUUAGAAUUGCGAAGGUGACUUGAAAUGCAAGAAAUGUUCAGGAAAGGGAAGCAAGACUCUUAAAACCAAACUUGGCAUAUUGCUUGAAAAAAAAUGGAUGAUGGAGAAUGCUUCAUGAGCUAAAAAUACAUGGUCCGGAGGAGGGUGGGGUGAAGGUACUAUUGGUUCUGUUUUCGAUUGGAUUGUUGCAAAAAAAAAAAAGGUGGUUUACUUUCAAGUGACUCCCCCAAAAAAGAAUCCUUUAUCAUAAGAUGGGGAAGUGGAUUUAAACAAAAUUCCUUUGGUAUGAGGGGCAGUUCAGGUGUGAUUCUAGACAUGCUUACUUGUAUAAUGGCAUUCUUCCCUGCAACCUCCCCACCCCACUCCAAGUAUCCUCAAAAUCUGCUUCUGAAGGCCAAGAGACCUUCUGGAGCAGAUUUGAGCUGUGCACAGGGAUAGGGAAAGGUAGUUGACAUGUGCAGUGCAUGAUACAGCCCAUAAUGAAUAUGCCAAAGUUGAAGAAAAAGAUACACAGAUGUAGGGGUAGUUUUCUGUCAGUGCAGACUUCAAGUAUUGUAAUUAAUCUAGUCUUUAUAGCUUGGGCCAAAACCUGGAUACAUUGCUAAAUGUGCUUUUUUGUUGUUGCUGCAGCAAGCAUACAUUAUUGCUGUGGCAAACAAACAUUUAAAGGGGGAGCAUUGCUAUGGUAUACAUUGAUGGUUUGUGUGUUAAGAGAGACUAUGGAACAACAGUCUCAAAAUUCUUUUUUGUAAAUUUACUAUUCUUUAGGACUAAAUACACAGUUGUUUUGCUUCAAACUGAAUACAUAUAUAGAAAACAAAUAGGGGACAGAUCUCAUGUGAUGUAAGUUCAUAAUGGUAGUCCUGAACAAAUACUCUGUAUUGGUCUCUAAUUAAGGAAUAUAUUCAUCUUUAAACUCUGAACUUCUUUAAAACCAAAGACAAGGUUGACAUGUACUUAAUGUCCUCCCUUACUCACUGUGUGCUGUUAAUAGCUUUCUAAAAAUAAGCACCUUUGUUUCCAUGUUUAAGGAUACAAAGCAAAUCUGUCAAUAUUGAGAUGUUGCUAGCUCCAGUACAGUUACUAAAAUGAGACCUUGUUUUAGAUUUGCUUUAGGACAAAAAUAUAAUGGACCAUAAUCUUGUGUCCAGUACAGCACAGGUUUUCUCCCCUCUCUUAGUAUCAUCAUUUAAGCAGAGUAUCUGUCAAUGUUUCUGAAAAUAUUAAAAACCCACUGCAAAUAUUUUAAGAGUUUAAGGUGUUAAGGACAAAACUAGGAAGUACCAUUGACUUGCUGUUUUAUAUUGUCCUCUUUUGGUAAAACUUGUUUGUGUAGUUCCUUAUUUUCCACUAAUAAUGUAGCCCUGAUAUCCACACCAGAAAACAAAAGUGAAGCUUUCAUUUUAAAUAAAUUAUCAAAUGGUGAGAUUUUGUCAGUACUUCCAAGACUGCAGGUGUGUCGGCUUCCCAUAGAGAAGCAUCUUGGGAUAAGCGUGAAAAUGAGACUUCUUUAAGCCAGGAGUGGGCAACUUGUUCCACAUCUUUUCCCUCAAGCUCAGGUGCUCCUGUAAAGUCACGAGGUCUGGGAGUUAUUCCACUUAAAAUGUGGAACUGUUUUGAAGAUUUAGACAAGAGGCAGUGAACUGCACCAAAGAUCAUCCCAUUGUGAAGUGCCAGCUAAGCUUUCUUCCCCAAACUGGGCAGCUAUUGAAGUUCCUGCCAAUAACUUUGUGGCAUUCCCAGGACCAGAUAGAUAGAUAUAAAACACCUACAUUUUCUUAUUUAUUUUACAGCAUAUAAACCUUGCUUUCUCAUAGAAAUCUAAAGUGUGGGGUUGGCUCAAAGCAGGCAUCUCUCUGGACUUCUGCAGUUUGGUCAUGUAGAAACUUAGAUAGUUUAUUGUAGUGCCUUCAAGUGUGCUAUGGCCUAGAUGCCACCACCAUAAAAUGUCUGCAUAGCCAGCCCUCAAAACAUGAUCCACAUUUGACGCAUUAUCUACUGAUUACCGUAGUCAACAACUUUGGCUUCAGCAGUGAAUCAGCUUUAUGUUUGUGGUUUGGUGCUCUUGUAUUUUAUAGUAAACUUUUUUCUUCUUUUUAUUUUUAUUUUUAUCUGUCCUUUCUCUGCAGAUUGAUUAUACAGGAACAGAGCCAGGUAGUCCCUGCAACAAGUGUUUAAAUGUGUCCUGGAACAAUACACCUUCUUGCACGUGCAUCAUACACUUUACACUGGAUCAGCCAUUUGAGGUAUGUUACCUUAAAUGUGUGUAUAUAUGGCAAAAUAACUGUUUGACUGUCUGUGCUCAUGUACAACUCUUAACUGGAAUUCUUUCAUACCGGCCUCUUUCCACAUUGCAGACUAUAUGCAAGACUAUAUAUAUAUGAAUAUAUAUGAAUGAAUGACAUCCUAAGGGUUUUGGGUGGUAUUCAGCUAAGUUUUACUCACGGGAGUCCCAUUGAAUUUGAGGACCAUGGCUAAGUUAGGUUCCUUAAUUUCACUUUCUGCUCUGAGUAAAACUUAGUUAAAUACUAUUCAUGGUAAAUGAGAAUGCUUUGGAAAAAAUCUCAACAGCUGGUUUAGUAGUAAGAAGAAAUUCAAAAUCAAAUAAACCAGUGGACAUACUGCAGUGGUACUGGAAUGUACAGGAUACAGCAUUAUUAACAAAACUUGCUGUAAGGCAGUAGUUUUCAGCCAGGGUGCUGUGGCACCCUGGGGUGCCUUGAAUGAUGGUCAGGCAACACUGGCCUCUGUCCUUCUUUCUUUCCCUCCCUCUGAUGCCCUCUCACGUCUCUGCCUCCCAAAGGCUUGCACAGCUGUUUAGUGCAGCAGCCCUGGCUAUAAGCUCUGCAGGCAAAUGGUGCCUCUGGGAAGCACCACUUUUUGGGUGGGGGCAGCUCAGAGACCAGGGACAGCACCAGCUGCUGCCCAGAGGACUCCCAAGGAGAGGAGAGGAGGCUGAGGGAACACUCUACAAAGGAAGGUGUUUCAAAAAAGUGUGAGAAGCUGCCAGCUCUGCAGGCAAGGGGUGAUAUAACUGGGCUCCUGAGUCCCACAGGGGGUGCUGCAGAAAGCAAGUAGUUGGUUAAGGGAGCUGUGGACUCGGAAAGGUUGAAAACCUCUGCUCUACAAAAUUGAAGGUGUAAUCCUGUCCCACAAUCUCCUCCCGCAACCAGAUAUUUGUUGUAGCAUUUGAAAAAGGCUUUUUCUUUCAUCUGAAGCCACCAUUAACUGUGCACAUUGGUGAAGCAUCUUAAUUUGUGUAUUGCAGAGCAACGUGUUUAUGUACUAUGGACUGUCCAACUUUUACCAAAACCAUCGUCGCUAUGUGAAGUCUCGGGAUGACAGCCAGCUAAAUGGAGAUAACAAUUCUUUACAUGUAAGUGAAACUCUUUGCAUAUAAUGACAUCGUUCCUGGCUUCUGAUACAUAAAACACAAUAGCUUUUUAAAUGUUAAAGGGAAAAUGCACAGAUUGUCAUUUGGUGUCUUUUUUAUGUUGUCAUAAUUGAAUGCUACGUAGGCUUCGCUAUUUGACUCCUGUCCACCAUCCGUUCCCUCUCUCUAUGUGUGUUAAAUAAGCCUGCACAAAGUCCCGCUUAUAUCACUGAGAAAGCUUAAGAGCUGCAGGUGGGGAAAAAGCUGAUGGAAGGCAACAUCGUCAUUCACUCCUGUGCUCUCCAGUAAAAUCUUGGACUGUGGGCAGGGGGAGAGAGCCCCCUUCCACUAAGAAUCCAUAUGAUGGGAAUCAUCCCUGUGUGUUCAAUUGAACCCUUAAGAUUUUUAAAAAUCAUUUUCAGUUGACCUUAAAUAACAAGUUAGGCUGUUUUGGGGCGCUGUAUCUGUCUGUUGCCUAGUAUACUAUACCUGAUGUGUAGAAACUACUUCAGAGCGCUUACUUUCACAUUAAUUACAGCAAUCCAGACUCCCUCUAUCUUGAGGCAUACCCUGUUAGCUUCUUAUUGGGCAAGCUUUUCCUUAUUGGUCUUUGAAAGUAUUUCCAUGCACUCUUUCUUGGAGUGUGCUUGAGAGAACCUCUUACCGCUGGGUGCUAAGGCUGGCUGCUACUGUAACUCCUUGUUUCCUUUGGCAUCUGAUGAAAAGGAAACGGGAGCAUUCUAAGCCUCGCUGACUGUCCAAGCUGUUUUUUUAUUCAAUAAGCUGAUGAUAGAUUUAUAGAAGCAGUUGGCUAUAAGAAUUUUAUAUCUACUUUAAAGAUUUUCAGAGUGGAUAGUUUGUUUUACUACCGUUUGAAUGUUAGUUUUUAAAGUUUUAUUUAUAUAUUGUCUUGUGAUUGAUGUUUAUCAUAGCUAGGCAAGAUACAAAUGUCCAAAUAAAGAAAUUGCUUGCUGGGUGUGGGCAGGAAAUAGUGCUAUUUUUUAAUGAGUGUCCAGAUACUAUUCUUCCUUCUUGGUAGUGAGUAGCUUCAGCAAAGGACACUUGGGAGAGUGUCAACUCUCUCUCUCUCUCUCUCUCUCUCUCUCUCUAACUGUGAUGAGAUUGUAGGCUACUCAAUGUGUCCUUCACAGGGCAAGAAUUACAUGUGAUUAGAUAGCUAUAAAAAGAUUAGGCAAAGGGGGGAACAAUGCACUUGCAUAACCUCAUUCUGCCAUGCAGACUGAAGCCGAUGUGGGCUGUGUGUGCUUUGGGUGUGUUUAGAAGUGGAGCACCUUCUUUUAAGAUGUCAUGUUACAGCCACAAUUCAGAGAGAUUACAUUCUCAGAUUAGAAGAUAAAUGUCUGUUUUCUCUUAUUUACUAGAAGCAAAUAGCUCGAAUUAAAAUUGGUCAUUAUCUCUGUAAUCAUUAUUUUGGUUACUAGUAGUCAAGCAGCAAGAUGUGAAUUCACUGAAAAUGUAAACAUUGUUCAGCUUUUACAGUGUUUGAUAUACUAGUAGUGUGCCCAACUGUGGUUACAUUAAUUUCUUUCCACCUUGCAUCCAAGGAUCACAGGGCAGUUUACAAUAUAAAAACACAAAAAGCUUGCCUUCCCUAUUACAAUACCCUUCCUAGUCUUCCUUCCAGUUCUAUCCUUAAAUCACCAACGAUGAAACCCUAAUGCAGCAUAUUGGCUUUCUCUUUUGUAACUUUAUUUAUCUUGCAGAACUGGGACUUGUAGCGUUAAUUGCAGGCAACUGCUGACUGAAUGCUUUAUAGUUUUUGGCGUGUUUGCCAAAGCAUUUCGUCCUGUAACUUGAAACCGUAUUUUUUAUUUUAUUUUUCUGCAAAGGAAAGUAGGAGGAAGGGUUGUUGUGGUAUCGGUUAGGCAGCCUGAUGUGUCGAUUAUAGUUCUGACUAGUGUGUAAUCAAGACUGACUUUUCUUUUCUUUUUUACCAAUUAGCACCCCAGUAAGGAAUGUGAGCCUUACCGCACCAGCGGGGACAAGCCUAUUGCUCCUUGUGGCGCUAUUGCCAACAGCAUGUUUAAUGGUAUGCUUUUGUGUUGGAUUUUGAAUAAAAGCAAGGAGAUAUCUAUUACGCUGUCACACUUUCUAUCAACAUUGUAUGCACAUAGAUGCACCUGAAGGGAGCACUGUACAUUCCCCCAAUCCAGUAGUACUCCUAGAAGCCUUGUCCACAGCAGUUAGAUUUCUUAAGCGUUUACACAUCUUAUGGCAGGAGCGGUCAUAGCUCCAUGCGCCUUAUCCCAGGUCCAGUGCCUGACACCUCCAGGUUGGGUUGGGUAAGGCUCCUGACCGAAGCCCUAGAGUGCUGCUGCCAAUCACCGCAGACAGUGCUGAGCUAGCUGGACCAAUGCUCUGACUUGCUAUAAGGCAGCUUCCUAAAAAUGGCUGCCAUGCUAAUUUCAGUAAACCAGUUGGCUCAGUUAUGUGUCACACUGAGGCUUCUGGGACACGUCAGCAGCCCAUGAUGAGGGAGGGCCUUUAGACUGGGCUGACAGUCUAUAUUAGCUUUAAGUUAUGAGUGUGUGCCUAUGUGUAAAUAAAGACAUGCCAUUGCUUGUUGUUGUUGUUGUUUUACAAAGUUAUAUAUUCUGUGCUUAUGCACCUUGAAAUAGCAUCUACAUGCAGAAUUUGAUGUCUUAUCUGAAUACUUAGGUCUUGUAUAUGAUGCAUUGAAGCUUUUGGAUACAGCAGGCAUGGAAUGUGAAAAUGAACCUUGAAAGUGAUGCACGUCUAUUUGUGUUUCCUUCUAGAUACGUUGACACUGUUUCGUAUUGACCGUAAUGAAACCAAAUAUAUACGUAUUCCUUUGACUAAACAAGGCAUUGCUUGGUGGACAGACAAAAAUGUGAAAUUCAGGAAUCCUACUGGACCUACAAAGGAUCUGGCAAUACUUUUCCAAGGUAAAAUGAUAACACAAUGAAUUGACCCAUGUAUGAGAGAACAUAAAGACUCCAAUCUGGAUCAAGACCUUCCUGGGAAGGUAUUGUGGAGGCUGAAGUAGAAAUUGAAUUAUUUUUCCAGAAAAAUAAUAAACGAGCCAAUUCUCAGUUUAUGUGGGGGUUACAAUCCAAGAAUAGAGCAUAAAGCCAAAAUUGCAGAUAGUCAAAACACAUUAGGUUCAGUUGUGGGUGGGAUUGCCAAAGUCUUUUUUCCUCCAGGUGAUGGUCCCCUUUCUGCCCCUUCUUAAUUUUUAAAAGAAAAUUUCCUGAGCUCGUAAAGCUGAAGGCACGCAAAUUAAAUGCAUCUAAGUUGUGAGUUAUCUGUAAUGUUUUGAAUGGGAUACACUGUAUUGAUUAGUACAAGUUGUUGGGGAAACUGUAAACAAAAGUUAGAUGUACAUUCUUGUGUGCUAGCUCAUUUAUGGGUUUGCUUUGCUUGAUUCUCUCUCCUUCCAAAUGUCCAAAAUUUCUAUUCAAACAGUUUGUUACUAGCUUUCUUCUUGUUCUGCUAAUAUAUUCAUGCCUCUUGUCUCUCUCAACCCCACUCCCAAAUUAUUUCUUAGCAACUAUGCUUGCGUUUGAUUGCUUGGCUGUGUUCCCCAAGAUGCAUGUUUUCUAAUAAAAAUCAUAAUCUCAUAUUAGUGCUUUGCAUUUUUGUUUUUAAGGCACAGCAAAACCUGUCAACUGGCCCAAACCAGUGUAUGAGCUAGACAAGGAUGCAGACAACAAUGGAUUCAUCAAUGAAGACUUCAUUGUGUGGAUGCGUACUGCAGCGCUGCCUACAUUUCGGAAGCUAUAUCGCCUUAUAGAGAGACCAGAUAACUUACGGCCUACUCUACCAGCUGGGAAUUAUUCCUUGGAAAUAGAAUACAGUAUCCUUUUAUUAAAAGGUCUAAGAAAUUGCAGUCAGUAAACCUUGUACAGUCAUAUCUCAGGUUGAAGUUGCUUCAGGUUGAGCGCUUUUGGGUUACGCUCCGCAGCGACCCGGAAGUAACGGAACGCGCGGAAGCUCAAAAUGACGUCACGCGCGGAAGCGGCAAAUCACAACCUGCGCAGACGUGCAGUGCGGUACCACUGUAAUCGUCUUUUAUUGAAUUUUCUUGUAAACCUUGAAGUCAUUAAAUAGGUAACUGUUGGUAGCAUAGCAGGCUGAUAAGAAUCAUUUUAGGGCUGAAUGAAAAAUCUACAAAGGUCACAGUAGGAGCAUGCACAAAAUUGUCUCAGUCUGCUUAUUAUUAUUUUUAAAAGGUGCAUUGACUGUUGGGUUGGCUGAUCUGUGGCCCUUGCCUUCAUGUCAGACAUCCCCUGCAAGUAAUCAGUUCAGACCUCUGGCCAGAAGCACCUGUCCCUGCCUUGGCAUCCUGCGUGGAGAGGGGAGAGAAGGAUGUGCCCCCUGCACUCACUUUUUUUACUUCUGGUCCCAUCCCCCCCCCCAAGGGAAUAUAGUUUUCGACACACCCCAAAUAGAAUGCAGUUGCUGUGUAUAAUUCUCACACCUUGUGAUAUUUACCAAGAAUUAGGUCAAACAUAAGGUCCUUUUGGGGGGGAUCUCCAUGGCAGACUUCUGCUUCUCAACACCCUCUCCUGGAGUAGAAAACAGGGUCCUCGGUAGGGCAAAGGGGCCAACUUACUGAGGCCUGCUAUUCUUUGUGUCAGCUUCAUUCACUCUUUGCCACUGUUACUUAAUUCUGCAAUGCUGGUGUUCCGGACUUUUGAGUAGCAAAAUUUGCUCUUUCCUCAGCAUUUGCAGCUCAUGCAGAGGUGGAAUAGAAGGUGGUGACCUUUUUGGCUUGUAGGAAAAGGAACACUUUGAUAUUUAGGCUGACUGGAUGAGGAGGGGUGUUUGAGAGGUAUUUGGAGGGACAGCAUGACCUGGUGAGGAGGAGAGAGCUCUAAGGUUUUGCUCAGCCCAGUGGUGGUGCUGAUGCAGUUUUAGCAGGUAAGCUAUGGCUGAAUAGUACAAGGCUAUGGAAUGGAGAAGGGUGGGUGUACUGAGUAGCUAAUUACUGGUUCUUGGGCUGGUUUCCUACCAAGUCAAAACCCAUGGGGGUUUUCUUUGAUAAAUUCUGCAUGUGGCUUUUGGAAUAGGAGGUCUGGCCAUCUAUCUUCAUGCAAAAAACAACAGCAAUAAAAAACCUUCAAAAGUAAAGAGACACAUAGCUUCAUUGCUGCUUUAAUAAUAGUCAUGGUUCGGAUAUUAUCUACAUCUUUGGUAGCCCCCUCUGCCCGUUGGUUUCCUUGUCUUGAAACUUAUUCAGCCAGUAGCCUUGUCUCUGAGUAAUUUGCUUCCCAGGUUUUUUUUUUUGAUUGGCUCAUAUUUCGAGUAAUAAAGUGUCCCCUGGCUAUCAAGCCUUGACUACGAUACAGCAUGUUCUUCAGAACACUUGCUGUUUGUUUUUAAGUAACGCAAUCUCCUUCCUUUGUGCCGAUACGAAGCUUUCUUGUUAGCACUGUGACGCCAGCCAGUCAUUGUUGGCGAAUGUUUUUCCUAUACCCGAAUCAGAUUAUCCUGUGCAUAGCUUUGACGGGCGAAAACGGAUGAUCUUGAGCACCAUUUCGUGGAUGGGGGGCAAGAAUCCGUUUCUGGGAAUCGCCUACAUCACCGUCGGCUCCAUUUGCUUUUUCCUCGGAGUAGUGCUGCUAAUCAUUCAUCACAAGUACGGGAACCGGAACAACAGCGCAGACAUUCCCAAUUAAUCCCGCCUCUCCAAACCACAUGUACUGCAUGUGCAUCAAGGCCAGUCCAGAGCGGACACAGCUUUGGAAAGCUCUAUCCCUGGUAUAUAUAUAAAAAAAGUUGCUUCUGACACAGAAUGCAUAAGUAUAUAUGAAGCCUUUUGUUUCCCCUUACGGUGGAUUAACUUGAAGAUAAUGGCUAUAAAAAAGUUACCUAUGUAAAACAGUGCUGCCUAGAGGACUUUUUGAGGCUUGGCCUCUGGCUGGACAGGUGCCAUGAUGCGCAUUUAGUCUUUCCUCACCUAAUGCAUCUGCUGCUUGUGUGCUUUGUAACAUGUCCAUACUGUGUAUAGACUGCCUGGCGAGAACGUGUUUAGGAUAGAGUAGCUUCACGUUUCAUGGAUGUCAGGUGUGCUGGUGCUUUUGGAAGGAGAAGAGGCCUGCCUGGUUUGUUGUUUGGUUUUUUUGGUCACGCAUGGUGCGCAUGGGCUUUUGUGUUCGCGGCUGAAAUGUUUGCUGUAUUCAACCUGUGCAAUUUGUUCUCUGAGCCCAGCUUCACGUUCAAGCUUCGCCGUAUGUUCCAACAGGUGUGCUUGCCAUGUGAACGUGUGCAGCAGCAAAAGGCUUCCUCAUUACAUUAAAGCCGCUUUUUCCCCACACGGAAACAACUGCUGCCUAUGCAAGUCUUGCUUUAAAUUCUUCUGCGUGCAGCUGUGUUCUGUGCCCAGCACCUUGUGUGGUCCAAAACUGUUAGCGUGGCUCCUACAGAAAUGAAGAGCUUCUGUCUCAAAGGCAGGAACAGCUGUCUGUAUCGGUACAGAAAUGUCCAUCUCUGGUUAAAAGCAAGGGUUCGACCCCGUUUAACAUUCCUAAUUGGGGAAGAAGCAUUAAAUUUCAUUCAGAAGGUGCUUGAGCUCCUGAAUUCAAGUACUUGAGGGUCAGCGAAAGAAACUUGAAGUGUCAUGCAAGUCUGUUACAGCUUGCUUGCGGUGGGGUGUGGGGGACGUCCCCUUCUUGCAAAUUUUCACUGAAGUCUUUCCGGAUUGUAAGAACCCAGCCCGUUGAUCUUAAAUUAUUAAAUUGCUAUGUAUAUGGAAGUUGUUUUACGUGAAACUGAUUUGUCAAUCUGAAUAUUUGCUAUUGAAUAAAUGCUGUCAUUUGUUUUAUGAAACAAUCUUUUAGCAGAAGUGUCUCAGUUUUGAGUGGCAGUCAUGAAAACUUUCAAGAGGACUUGAAAAGGGAUAAUACAAAAACCUCAUGCCUUUGAUCCUUUUGGGAACCAGAAAAAAUACAGGAAUGUUAAAUGCGGAAAUUAUUCUGUAGAAGGAUUUUGAAAGCUGAGAUCACUCAAUUGGAGGCACAGUAGAAUUCAUUUCCUAGAAAACCAAGUGACUCACAAAUAAAUGUACAGUCAGUUGUUUUAGUUUACACUACUUCUUUCCUUCAAUACACACACUUCCUUGCCAAAUUGAAUCUUACAUACACCUGACUUGUAUGUUUGCUAUAAUGUGCAAAUUGAAUGCCAGAUUUGCUGUAAAUACUUGGCAGUGGCUGCCUAUAAACUUAACUGUCUAGAACAUGCAUUCCAAUUACAGUAGGGAUUUAAUAUGAAUUGGUUUAAUCUGAACCAGUAGAACUAAAACACCCUUGAAUUCCGUUGAUUUAGAUCACAUUAUGAAAAGCUAUCUGAGACUUUUUUAACCAGAGGGGUUUUCCCUGUUCCAAACUCAACACUCCUUAAUGAGAUACCUAUUUUAUUUAUUUAAGCAUUUGCUACUUGCCCAUCAACCAUCUCCUCAACAUUGUUUACCCUCUGCCCAUUAAAAACAUUUAACAAUCCAAAGUUAGAACAGUGAGAUCAAUACAAAUUACCACUUAAAAAUCAAUGCAAGCAGCAUAAUUCCUUCUAAAAAUGAGUUUUAAAAACAGCUGACAAUUGGUUUAUUUUAGCCCUUGGAACAAACAUAGUCCUAAAAAGCUUGGGAAAAUAAAAAGGUCAUCUGGCACUGCAAAUAAUUUGGUGCAGGCAUUAGACAACCUUGCUAGUGAGAGCAUUCCAUACCUGGGGCUGCCACCACCAAAAAGGGUAUCUCCUUGGUAGAUACCUGCCUCACCUCAUUUGAUGGGAGGUGCUGGAGAAGGGCCUCUGGUAAACAUCUGAAGGUCCAGAGAGGUAUGUAUGAAAGACAAUCCUUCAGAAAACCUGACUCUAAGCUGUAUCUCAGGUCUGUUCUCCUUGAAAACAGUGAUGUAGACAGAGCGUGUCUACCCAGUUUGCACCAGUUUACCCCAGUGCCUUAAAACUUGCUGUCAUGUUAAUAUAAUCUCAGCUUCAGUGUUGGAUCAUGCCUAACUCCAGUGAUCCUUUUCUGUACCUGUCAAAAUCUGCAGCUGUCUCAAACAUCCCUACGGAAAAGCUACUGGCUGGCUUAACCCAGUAAUAAUAGCAAUGGCAAAGCUCACCUGGGGUAGCUCAGUUGGUAGUGCAGGAGAUGCUUAAUCUCAGGGUCGUGGGUUUAGUCCCACGCUGGGCAAAAAGAUUCCUGUGUUGGGGGUGGACUAGAUGAUCCUUAUGGUCCCUUCCAACUCUACAGUUCCAGGAAGGCAAAUUCUGAGACAUAUUAUACAUAAAGUGGUUUGGAAUAUAGAUGAAGAGCUUUUUAGCGCUAGAACAAGGCUGUAAGAUGAACUGCUAAAUUUGGCAAAGAAAAACCUCAUUGGAACGAAUUUGCUAGCAGCUGACUUUCCUAUUUCAUGUUGACUACAUCUGACUACAGCCACCUCCUGAGAGUUAUUCCUAGACAAAGCUGGGAAGGGUUAGGGUUCUUCUGCUGUCACCUGUCCAACAAGAACAGGGCUUGGUUAAACAGGUACGGUGAUUUGGCAUCUGUUUCUCCAUGACUGGUGUACUUUGUCACCUGCUUCCUGUUUAAUCACAUGCCACUGUUAAAGCAGAUUUAACUUGGGUUAUCCAGUUAGUCUUUUACAGAGCAGAAUUACUGUGUGUUGCACAAGCAGGAUAUUGUUCUUGUCACAGAAAUAUUGCUCAGCAGUUAGUCAAAUGAUUUCUUUCCAAAUUUCCUGCUAUCCAGCAUUUAAUCUUGCUCCAACACAAAGCACUGCUGUUCAUGGCAAGUAACUGCAGUAUAAUACUGACUUCUUUCCGAGUCUUGUGUUUGCUUCACAUAUGGGGAAGAAAAAACUUAGAAGACAAUCCAGAAACCCAACUUCCAGUAACUCUGUUGCAGACUAUGGGCUUAAUUAACAUUUAAGCUCGAAAGUCUGUUAGUGUUGUGGCACUGGUGUCUUUAAAGCAGCAAAUUACGUAAGAGCUGUCAUUCUAAUUUGUUGUACCUUCUGUAGAAAAGAUGAAUAACAAGUUCCCUGCUCUAGUUUUAAUAGAGACUGAGGUUAAUUUAGGAUUACCUUUGUUCAUUUGAAACAGACGCAGCUGCUUGAAUUGGUAAGUUCCUCAUACUUUCAUCUGAAAGGUUUUGGGAUUUUAGUGGAUGGAAAUCAAGACAAAAGGCUUGAAUGAAGCAAUGUGAGAUAUGAUUAUUUUAGAGACCAAGGUACUAGUUGAUUUUGUUCUUUGUAAUUUGAGUCAACUGUUAAGUAAAGAUUUUUAAGAGUUCUAAUUGGCUGCUGAUCUAAUUGGCUCCAUUGUUUGGCUGUUUUUAAGCAAGUACCUUAGAAGGAAAAAUGCAAUUAAGAGUUGCCUAUCUUCAACUGCAUGUGGCUGCCCCCCUCUCCCUGAGGUGUACAAUGUUGUUGCUAACAAAUGAUUAGCCCUGGUUUCUUCUUCCUAUUUCUAUGCUGUGAAUUUUUCACCAUGUCUGCAGUUGGUACUAACCACAACUCCAGGUGUUCUUAGCUACCGUUGUGCAUAAAUGUGUUACUCAUGAGAACUGUACAGUCAGCACAUGGGUCCUAAAGGCACUGCUUAUGCCCUAAUGAAAGGCAGGCUGUUGUCUUCAAAUCAUGAAGAUAAUCAUUAUAGCAAGUGUUCCUGGAUUCUCUUCAGAGAAUCAGUUUCCUUUCCAUUUCAUUCUAAAUUAACAUCCAUUGAAACCCUAAAAUGUUCUGUGAAGUCAAAAUAAAACUACCAGACCUACAAAAGUAAUUUUCAUUUUUAUAUCAGAAAUAAUUUAAUGGUCAGAGCAAAAAAAUAAAAGUACAAAGGUGAAUUUAUUAUGCUGAAUAGCGCAUCAGACAGCAUGUGAGUGAUAACUAGAAGCAAUUUGCAUUUGCUGGGAGAAGUCAGUUUUUAAAAGUCUACUAAUUUCUUCAUACCAAGCAUUACUUAGGAAAAUAGUAAUAUGAAAAAAGAUUCAUAACAGUAACUAGCAUAUUCAUAUAACAGGAUAUGGGAAAAUAAACCCACCAAUGAGGUUAUAUAUUUUUAUUGGCGGGAGUUUAACCCCAGUAAAAGGAUCAUAUCGCCUGUUUUGUUUACACUAAUGGUAGUGUAAUGUCACAACAUUCAAAAUGUAUUUCAAGUUGUGUUAGUAAUGAUGCUUGUUAACAGUCAUUAGGGACAAUUUGUCAUGCAAAUAACUAGUAGUAAGUUCCAGGAAACUAUGCCAUUGUAAGGCCUCUUCUUUGAGCAUUGCUGAACUAAAAUUAAACAGCAACAAACCUUGUCAAACUUGCAUGAUGACAAAGAUAUAACAAAUAACAGCCCUGAUUAUAUGGGUCCAACAUGAUGGUGGCUGCCUCUUUUCUUCAUCCCACUACAGCCUCCCCACUUUCUCCCCCUCAGGCUCGGGAGAGACAAUCCUAAAUAAGCGAGUGAGUGAGUAAGUAAGUAAGUAAAGAAAGAAAGCAAGAAAGAUGGAUGGAUUUGGACAUUCUUCCAAGGAGUAAGUUGAAGUGAGAGUUGCACCUACUCACACAAAUAUGGCUCUAAGCCCUCAUGUUCCAAGUCUACGUAAUAAUGCAUCUCCAACUUGCCUAGGAAUUAUGGGC